GGAAGAGGGACAUGUUUUUUAUCGGUUAGAUUGAAGACAUAUAAACUCGAACUAGCAGUUCAGCCAGUUUGGACUGGUCCACACCUUGUACCAGUUUACUUUCGGUUUCUCACUCGGGACUUUCCACGCCAGGGAAGGUUAAUUAAGAAACCAUGGCCAGUAAACUGGAUAUUCCUCUUAAGGACGGGUCAGUUACCAUUGUAAAAAGAUAUGGAGCCAUUCUGUGUGACAUCAUUGACACUAAAUUCGGAUGUGUGACCACCAUCAAAGGUUUGGAGUUAGAGGAUGAGAGCAGUACUUCAUAUCGGAGACGGCCACCAACCAUUUCUCCCGAGAAGAGAUUUGAAUUCGUGAUGCGUUCAGGUGUAAAGGUGUCUGUGUGGAAAGCUGAUCUCACCCAUUUCCAUGCUGAUGCUGUUGUGAAUGCUGCUAAUGAGGACUUAAAGCACUAUGGAGGCCUUGCUCUGGCUCUGUCCACUGCUGGUGGUCCCUUAAUCCAAAUGGAAAGUGAUGAUUUCGUUAAAAAGCGUGGUAAAUUACAAACAGGGAAGACAGUUGUUCUUGAUGCAGGGUCACUACUAUACAAGAAGAUUAUUCAUGCUGUGGGUCCAGACCUGUCAAUGAGUCCCUCCAGAUAUGACGUACAAAAAGCUACCCCUAUGUUGGAGAAAACCAUCUGGAGUAUUCUCAACAGAGUUGAAGAACACCAUCUGGCGGAUGUUGCCAUUCCUGCCAUAAGCUCUGGGUUGUUCCACUACCCACUGCCAGAUUGUGCUCGCACCAUAGUGUCAACUGUAAAAUACUACUAUGAUAACUUGCCCUUUCAGAACCAUCAUCCCAAAGAAAUCUUCCUUGUGAACAAUGAUGAGCCCACAGUGCAGGAAAUGGAGAGAGCAUGCCGUGAGAUAUUCAGUCCUCAGCAGCCCCAAACCUACAGCCAGGCUGCAUGGAGAAAUACAAGAAGCGCUGCCCACAUUCCACCACCUUCAGUCCAGAUGGGAAAUGUCCUUCUGACACUGAAGAAGGGUAAAAUUGAAGAACAAAAAACGGAUGUCAUUGUUAACACUACAUCAAGGGACAGAGACCUAAGUGUUGGUAAAAUUUCCAAAGCUAUAUUGUACAAAGCUGGUAAUGAAAUACAAAAGGAAAUAAGGAAAGCUAACGUGAUGGGCCAUAUCAUCCGCACACAAUCCCACAGGCUGCACUGCAAAGAGGUGUUUCACACUUUUUGCAUUGAAAAAGGACUUGAUCCAGCAGCAAAUCAGAUCUUUUACAAUUCUGUUUUGGAGUGCUUAUUUACUGCAGCUACACAGCCUUACAUCUCAAUCACUUUUCCUGCUAUCGGCACUGGAGCCCUUGGGUUUAGUAAAGCAGAAUCUGCCUCAAUCAUGUUGCGAGCGUUCUUCAACUUUGCCCAAAGUUGUCAAAUCAAAAUGGAGAUUUACGUCGUCAUUUUUCCUUCUGACCAUGAAACAUUUCAGGCCUUUGAGAGAGAAAUGGGAGAUCUCCAGAGACAUUUAGCAUCUAUCAGCUUUCCACUCGAGCUAACAGGUACAGGAGGAAAAUUCGGACAAAACUCUCCUCAACAAGACUCCCCAGCUCAUUCUGGGGGAUCCCAAGGCUUUUCCAGGCCAGAAGCAUCUGGGCCUAAAGAUGACUCCUACACCAGCAGAGCUCCAACCCCAACAAUCAGCCUGCUUGGUCCUUCUGAUGAAACAACACGCGAGGCUGAGAAGUGGCUCAAUGACCUUCUCUCUGUACAACUUCAAACCAUCGAGAACAACUUCAUCUCACACUUCAGCGAGAGAGAUCAUAUGCAGCUGUCCCGUUUAGCCGAAAAUGGGUUGCUCAUUGAGGAGUUCAUGACGCAGGGUCAUGCAUGUAUAGCAAUAAGCGGGGAAAUGAAGAAAGACUGUGUUGUUGCUGCUUUGAAAGUAGAAGCCAUGCUCUGCAAAAUCCAAAAGGAGUUCAUCUCAGAGGAAGAAGGUGAACUGCAGAUGCUGUCUCAGACAGAGCUACCCCCUAAAAGAGAUACAGUUGACAAGUCAAGUAAGGAAUUCUCACAUCAAUCUGAUGCCUUCAUCGUUCACGGGCUCAGAGUAACAAAGGUGGACAAAAUGGAGAACUAUGCUCUGAAGAAGAUGUUUGACCUGAAGAAAAAACAGCUUCAGUGCUCCAAACCUAAAACAAUGUUUCAACGCAUCCCUGCACAGUUCUGUGAGAUGAUCAGUCGAAUUGGAUUCCAAGCAGAGUGCGCACCGCCUGAAGAUCCAAAGUAUGGAGAGGGCAUCUAUUUUGCACACAAGAUAAAGGUGGCCCUGGAGCUGUGGCGAGAACAAAGUGAAGAGUAUCUUUACUUUGUGGAGGCUGAAGUGCUGACAGGAAACUCAGCUCCUGGUAAAAGAGGACUCAACAUGCCUCCUCCGGUUGGGAAAGAUCCCAACGUUACCCAUAACAGUGUGGAUGGAGGCCCUGACAUCUCCGUUAUCUUCAGCGGUUAUCAAGCUUUACCCAAGUUCAUUAUCAUCUGUAAGAAGGAUUCAAGUGUUUCCUACUUGUAAAAAAAAAAAAGGGGGUUGCUUAUUUUGUCAUGGUUUAAUGUAAGAAACUGAUUUCAGAAGAAGGUUCUGUUUAUCUAACAGAACUUCCAGGAAAAGUUUGUAAAGGAAUAACUUGUGGUCUAAGGUUGUUGUUCUUGAACUUUGUUAAAAUAUCUGAUCUUCAUUAAAAUCCUGUCUUUAUUAUUAUUUUAUGAUUUGUUUAAUCAUUUUGGGGGAAGAUGACCAUAUUAUAUAGCAACAAAAGUAAUAAUGUGUAAAUCUAUAUUCUGAUGAAAGCGUUAAAUAUCUUGCUAAAUCAAACGUAAUAUUUGGGUCAUGGAAACGUUAUUAAAUCUAUAAAUUAAUCAGUUUCUUUCAGAUGACAUAAAUCUAGUAGAAAUCAUUCUUUCUCUUCUCCAUAUAGACAAGAGGUGCGUUGGAGCACAUCUGCAUGUAUAUCUCAUGUAUAUCUCUGGGGAAUCUUAGCUUAAUUUUGUUUCAGAAAGUGUCAACAUGGACAAAAUGUACCUGAAAAAAGUUGAGCUGCUGUAAGUCACAAUCAUUUUUCAUAAAAUCAAUUUGAAACAAGCAA